AAGCUCCUUAUCUGGCUCACAGGCUUGAGUUGCCAACACCACAUGGAUUUUUUUUUUUCUGCAUUAAAAUAUCGCUCCUGGGCUAAUGCUGGGAAAGGGGGAAAUUUGAGAGUGCCCACUUCCUGUUUGUGUGAGUGUAUGGGAGGCUGCGCCGAAGUGGACUCAAAGACGGAGGCCGUGCGGGGCGAGGCUUUCGUGUUGGGCUGCAUUUCCUGUAAGAGACGAGAGGAAGUAUCAGCCAUCACCACCCUGGACUGGCACUUCAAACCUCAAGGAGAGGAAAACUACACACACAUCUUUCACUAUGAGCACCCCACUGCUGAAGUUUUGGACGAGGCCUUCAUGGGUCGUCUGGACUGGCUGGGUACUCUUGGCGAGGACGUCCAGGCGGGCACUGUCGCCAUGCACAACAUUAGCUAUGACGACGCCGGCACAUACCGCUGCACCUUUACCCGAACCCUCCUCCUGGCAGGCUUCCGGCAACAUGUCACUGUCGAAAAAGAGGUGGAGCUCAGUGUGGUGGACGUUGGUGAGAAUCAGUUAUUCGUUUUACUGAUUUUUACGUUCACAAGACGUCUGAAGUUAAAAUUUGUGGAGGAGAAACGAGUUUUAAGGUAAAGACAAAACCUUGUAGUAUAAAUAACCUUCAUGUGAAAGACAGUUGGAAGUUUAGUAUUCUUUAGAUAUAUAUGAACUGCAAAUUUCUUAGGCUUCUGAGAAUGGAGAAAAUAAUGUUUACACACAAAAAAUGACACGAGUGCAGCCAUUUUCUGCUCUCCAUCACUGAGUGCUUUUAAACGAAGCUAAAAGCUAAUAAUAGCUAAGCAUAAGGUGACAGUCAUAGACAGAGAGGAGAGAAGAGAGGAGCUGCCUGUAAUUUUUUAUUUGUGUCACUCUAAACAGCUGUCUGGAUAUUGUUAUCAGAAAUUGUUCAGAUUUUAAUGAGAUUUAGAUUUAAUACAAUACUAAUACUAUAUAAUGAAAUACAGUGAUCCCGCGUUUUAUGCAAUUAAUGGGGACCAGAACCCGCCGCAAUAAGUGAAAAACCGCGAAGUAGCGCUCCCUGCCUACAAUUAAAAAAAAAUUUUUUUUGUGUGUUCAAUGUAUUUAUUCAGAUUUUGCAUUGGAAAGAGAUACAUAUAAGACAUGUUUUUUCACAU